UCCGUCUCUAUCGGACGACCUCGCAUCACCCAACAACUGCGUCGCCACAUCGGAGCGCUCAACUACCACAAAGCACCAAACCGCACACCGGAACGAUGAGCGACAGAGCAGUCCGCAACAUCCUCCGCAAAUCGCCCACCAUGCAAUGCGUCUCGAAGGCGCUGACGCUCGUCAUGGUCACGCACGCGCUUGUGCUGCUAAACACAGCCUCUCAAGUCAAGGCAGAGGAGAAAUACAGGCUGCGAUGUGCUGUCCGCCGUCGAAAGUACGACGUCUUGAAGUUCCGUAUAGGACGUGGCGGGAGGCAGAUACGGAAGUUCCUGCGGAGUGCGGCGUUACUUGGUGUGAGAUUCUGCGAAUGGGGGAUGGAGAUGAUACAUGGAUAGACAACACUUGAGAGCUGGGAAGUUGACAGGGACGGUAACGGCGGUUUGCGACUCGU